GCACCCUAGAAAGUUAAAUCAUUUUUUUCCCAAAAUGAUUUUCGUUAUUUGCAUUGGGUUUCUUAUAAUUGGGGCUUGCAGCACCUCCUCGCAAGUAUGUGAUCGUUUAGGAAUUCGAAAGGAGUAAUGGAUGGAGAGAUCCCUAACAUAAAGAGGUGGAUUGUCUUGUAUCCUGUUUACAUAAAUUCGAAGAAAACCCUAGCGGAGGGAAGGCGUAUAAGCACAAGCAAAGCGUGUGAAAAUCCAACAUGUGCUGAGAUUGGGGAUUGCUGCAGUCAUCUCAAGCUACCGUUCGCGAUUGAGGCAUAUCCACGUGAUUUCAUGCAAAGAGGGAGAGUGAGAGUAUUGCUGAAAAAGGAAGAUGGGACUUUGUUCAAUCCUGCCAUUUCAUCAAGAAAACAGUUGAUGACUCAUGUUGCUGAGUUGGUACCCAGACACCCAGGGAGGACCAAGAAACAGGAGCCUGCAUCCACCUCAAAUGCUGCUGGAGCUUCCAAAUCUGGGAAAGGUGGAAAAAAGAAGAGGUAGAUUCAUCACUGCAAAUUAAUACCUCAAAACUUGCAGCUGUUUUUGCUUGGUAGCCUGUGGUUUUCGGGGAGCACAGACUUUUUUUCGUGUUCUUCAGAGUGUUCCCAUGUCUAGCAGUUGAGGUAGUGGGAACGUAAACCAAGGAUUGAUCUAUCAAGGCAUAAGCUUAUGAUAUUAAAUAAUUUAUUUUCUCACCUUCUAGGGAAGAAUGAUGAACUAUGCUAUUACAACCUGCGGGUUGGUGUUGGGACUU